GGCACGGCCGGCCCGACUGACUGCACAUAAAUCGCAGGGCGCCCCCGGGCGCGCCGGGCGCGCAGGUCCGGAGCCGAGCCAGCCGGACCAUGCGACCGCUCCUCGCGGUCGCCCUCGCGGCGCGGGCCGCCGCCUUUCAUGGAGGCAGCCCGCCUCAGCGGAGGGAGGUCGCCGCGGCGGAGGCGCCCUGGUGGGACGACCAUGGCACGGACGAGCCCAAGACCCCCUGGUGGGAGCCGGCCGCGGAGAAGGCGCAUGCGACGCCCUGGGCCGACCACGAGUAUGACGACCACGAGAGCUAUGCGUCCGGGCCCUGGGCCGUCGUCGCCUUGGCUGCUCUGGGCGUGUUGGCGGCGGUCUACGUCGACGCCGAUCAACCUGAACCAGUUGUGAGGCGCCGCCGGCGACGAACGCGCCACGUGCGGCCGGCUCCCUCGAUGAGCGAACCUUCGUCCGCUCUCCGGGCCCUCUUCGCGCCCCAGCCCCAAAAGAUCUAUGGAAACGAUUCCGAGGCAGAGGACGCGUCACCACGAGCCUUGGUGACCGAGAUGAGGCCCUUCCACGUCUUUGGCGGAGCGCAUCUGAGGAUCGUGCGCUUCGACCCCGCAACUGCACAGAUGAAAGGACCUUCUUACAAGCCGCUCACGGACCGGUUCCGCUCCGUGAGUGAUUGUCUCCUGAUCGAUGAAAAUACGACUCUACCAGAGGGCACGCACGUCUUCGCGCACGCGCCGGGCUGCGGUGCUGACUUAAGGGUCGCGCCGCCGCUCGGGUCGGGUCUACCGUUCGGUCGGGGCGAGUGCUGGCACCACCUCGUGGCCUUACCGCUCCCUCGCACGCGGGACCAGGGCGGUGCCGUCCAAUUAGAUCGGAGGGCGUUGGCCGUCGGGGCCGCCGGUGGCCAGCUCGACAUCGACGCAAAUGGGAGGCUGAAGAGGUGGUGCUGCUACACGUACGCCUCUUACGUCGACGCCGAGGCCGUGGCGAAGGUCGCGAGGCACGUACCGUUGCCUUUCGAACGGUUAUGGCUCGUCGCCGUCCAGUCGUCGGAGGGCGAGUGGCCGUUGUGGAUGCCUUCGGUGGAGCGGCGCCCUUCCUUAGAAAAGGGUGGAAGAUUGGAGAAAUGUGGUUCGAGAGCGUUCACCAUAAAAGCGACGGCGCACGACGACCGGCGAGCUUAUGAAAAGGCGAAGCGCAUCGCCCUGAAAGCGCGGGAGGCGCGUCGCGAGGCGCGGAUCGCGCUCGCCGACCACGGCCCGGAGCAUCCCAUUACCAGAGAGGCGCUGCACCUGCGAGAGGCGGCGAAGCGCGAACUGGUCGAGACGGGUUCAUUGCAAACGUACGCGCGGGCCGCGCACGAGCGGCGCGCGCGGCGCGCGCUAGGCCUGAUCGACGAGCGGUGGCCCCGUCUCCUAUGCCGGCUGCGGCUCCUGGAGCUUGCUCAAAAAUGUCCAACGAGCCCAUUGGGCCGCGUGCCGCCGGAGAUCGUCGGCCACGUCGCGUCGUUCCUAAAGCUGCGGCCGCGGGACCUGGCCGUCGCGCGGCGGCGCUGCGACCCGGGCCCGCUCUGAAAUUCAUCCCCUAUUCCCUGUCCAUAGUCUUUGCUAACGUUCCUUGUGCAU